UCGGACUGAACAUUUCAAUAUGCAAAUCGCAGCCAUUCUCACAACCAUGGGCUACUUAGCCACGACGGCAUCGGCAGCAACAAUCUAUACCAACGCCGGAUGGAGCUUCCCCCCAGGAGGCGCCGCUGAGGCAUGCACUAAGUCGGUCUACUGUGUACGUACCACCAUUUCUACUAAAAAAGAACUGUCAACGUUUUGCCACUUCUAGACAUCAUUCUACUCCUCCUGUUUAGGAAAAACAAAAAAAGACAAAAAGUACUAAUCAAGUUUAUAUACUUAUAGGGCAACACGAUUCAAUCCGCAUCAGGAGGUCCAUUCCAAACCCCCCGGACCGACUGCGAUUUAAUCGCUGCUGCUGGUGCGCCAACGGGCUAUUUUAACUGCAGACCUGAUAAGAACUUUCCAAACGGUGUAAGUGUCCAUGUCAGCCCCUUCUUCUCUACCUUACUAAUAGAACUUUGAACCUAGAAAAUUUAUUGCUGUACCUAGCUUGUCUUCUAUGGUUAAAUAGACUACGUUGCAGGUUUUUAAGAGAUUGAGAGGAUCUUGGUUAAAGUGGUCCCGCUUAUAAGAAAGGGUUUUUACUUCUCG